AGCGCUGGGCACUUGGAGCCGGAGCGGAAACUGCGGGGAAGGAAGAUGAAACUCCCCAUGUUCAUAGUGGACGCGUUCACGGCCAGACCGUUCCGUGGGAACCCGGCUGCUGUCUGCCUCCUGGACAGAGUAACACUCAGGAGUCAAAGCUUCCUCAUGUGUCCUGAUACUCUUGGUCUCUGGUUCCCCUGCACAGUCAGUGACGGCUGUGGUACAUACCAGGGGGCUAGUGCCGAGCUCUCUACAUUACCUGUGGCCACUCAGGCAAACAGUUCCCGCUUUGGACUACGGUGGUUCACUCCAGUGAGUGAGGUUCCGCUGUGUGGCCACGCCACCCUGGCUUCUGCGGCUGUGCUGUUUCACAAAAUAGGGAACACGAACAGCACUCUGACCUUUGUCACCCUGAGCGGGGAGCUAAAGGCCAGAAGAGCCGAUGAUGGUAUCGUCUUGGACUUCCCUCUCUACCCAACCUUCCCCCAGGACGUCCAUGAAGUAGAAGACUUGAUAAAGGCUGCCAUAGGGGACACUCUAGUCCAGGAUGUCCAGUACUCUCCAGAUACCCAAAAGCUUCUGGUUCGGCUCAGUGACUCUUACAACAGGUCAUUUCUAGAGACCCUGAGGGUGAACACAGAGACUCUGCCUCAAAUUGAAAACACAGUGAAGGUGAAAGGACUCAUUCUCACUCUUAAAGGAGAGCCUGGAGGGCAGACUCCCGCAUAUGACUUCUACUCCAGAUACUUCGCACCAUGGGUUGGCUUGGCUGAAGACCCGGUAACAGGGUCUGCACACACUGUUCUCAGCAGUUACUGGUCUGAGCAGCUCGGGAAGAAAGAGAUGCGAGACUUCUGGCCCAGGCCUCUGUCUCCUCACACGUCCUUGCCUGCUCCUAGAGGAAGCAAUGGGUGGGACCUACCAGGGGCAGUACAGGAAGUAGCAGAAGAUGCUCGGGAAGGAAAGCGGUACACAGCAGUUGUGUGUGGCUGUCCAGCCUUUCAGUGUUCCCGCCGAGGAGGACGACUGGACGUUUCCCUGAGACCUGAUGGCCGAGUUGACCUCAAGGGCGGUGUUGCUGUUGUUUUAGAGGGCACGCUGAUGGCCUAGAGAUGCCUGCGUUGGGAUGCCCCCAUAUCUAAAGAUAAUGUUUUCUGCAUAAGAAGACAUGUGAGGGGCCGGCCACCUUCAGCAAGCUUGCAAAGCAGUCUUCUUCAUCCUCUUUUAAAAAUAGAAAAGAAAGCUGGGUGUGGUGGUGCAUGCAUUUAAUCUCAGCACUUGGGAGACAGAGGCUGGUAGAUCUCUGAGAUCUAGCCUGGUCUACAUAGCUAGUUCCAAGCCAGCAGGGGCUAUAGGGAGACCCUGUUGAAAAAAGCCAAGGUAAAAAGGAAAGAAAGAGGAAGAAAGAAGCCCUUUCGAUGGAGAUGUAAUAGUGCCUCACUAGUCCUAAGCGCUUCUGAAGUGUCAGAAACUGGUAGCAGAGCAUCAUGCCUUUUGAUUACAACCACCAAUCCAAUGAGAACUCUAUCGAUAAGGAGUUAAGACAUUUAAAUCUAGGUGUGAGUGCCCUAUUGAACAUUUCACAACUAUUUAAAAGACUCAGGGCUGGAGAGAUGGCUCAGCAUUUAAGAACACUGGCUGCUCUUAUA